AUGACCUCGAGCGCUCUGCUUACUCGUGACGGUCAUCCCGGGAUGCCAUCAGCAACUGAUCAGCAUCCGAGCCGAAGCAAGGGUGAGGAGGCGGAGGAGGAGAGGAAGAGGAAGAAGUCGGUCAAGGACAAGAAGCGGAAGAGGAAGGAGGUGGAGGGGAAGCUGGGGGUGGCAAAGAUCGAGGACGCGGAGGAAGACGAGGACGAGGACGAGGAGGACGAGGAAGAGGAAGAGGAGGACGAGGACGAGGAAGAGGACGAGGACGAGGGAGAGGAAGAGGACGAGAACGGAGAAUGA